GUCCCACCUCUACUGUACACUAUAAUAAACAUGGAUUCUUUUGCAGACAAACAAUGUUCAAACCAGGAAAGGGAUCAAGGAUAACUUUUAUAACAUCUCAGUCUGCUCCGUCUCAUGAGUGCUUUAUAGAUUAAUGAUUAGACAGUCUGUGAAGUCUGCAGAGGUCAAAGUCUUUAUCUAUCCAUUGUUUUUGAUCCUUCAUAUUUCUAAAUUGAAUGUCAAAUGUUUUAUAUACACAUUUGUAUAUGUUUCUUUGGCACCCAAACAAUCCUGAGUCUGUUGCACGACCAUUUAAUUUAUUUCUGUGUUUAUUCUUUCACUUAUUUCUGUACGAUUCCUGAAUGAUUUGAAUGAUUUCAUACACACGUGUAAUGUGUUUCACCUCUAUAUUUAGCAGCACAUAUGUAAAAUAAAGUAAGUCUUGAGGGAGGGGCGACAAACCUCGUGACCCCGCCCCCUGUGGGCGGCGCAUCAGGUGGCGCAGGUUUCAUAAAGUCCCGCGCGGAGCAUCUGCACCAGCAGCGGCACAGUGAGGCUCCGUCAUGGCGCGGGAGUCUCCAGCCUCUCCGGUGUGUCAGGAAGCGGCGCCGAACCCUCACCCGCUUUCCUAGUGUUCCUUCCCGCGAUGCAAGCCCUCCACAGACCCGGGCUGCACCGGGCACCGGACGCCGAGCCGUGGCUGGACAGGAUGGCCGAGAACCAGAGCGCCUCGAACGGCUCCGGAUCCGAGCUGAGCCUCUUAAGCAACCAGGAGGACAUCGACGUGGCCGCAAACCUGGAGCUGCGCGUCAUGAUCUCCAUCGUGUACUCGGUGGUGUGCGCGGUGGGUCUGGUGGGGAACCUGCUGGUCUUCUUCCUCAUGAAAGUCCGACAGGGGAGGAAGAAGUCCACCAUCAACUACUUCAUCAUGAACCUGGCGGUCACGGACUUCCAGUUCGUCCUCACGCUGCCCUUCUGGGCGGUGGACACGGCGCUGGACUUCACCUGGCCCUUCGGACACGUCAUGUGCAAGGUGGUGGUCACGGUGACCGUGAUGAACGUGUACGCGAGCGCGUUCUUCCUCACAGCCAUGAGCGUCACGCGCUACUGGUCCGUGGCGUCCGCGCUCAAGGACCGAACGCGCAACACGCGCUGCUCGGUGAAGCUGGUCAGCGCGCUUCUGUGGCUCCUGGCCACGGUGGCCUCGGUGCCCACGGCGAUAUUCAGCGGGGUGAACUCGAUCAACGGCGUCAAGCUGUGCCUGCUGCGCUUCCCCAGCGACCAGGACUGGCUCGCGAUCUAUCACCUCCAGAAGAUCCUGGUGGGCUUCGUGUUGCCGAUGCUCAUCACCAUCGUGUGUUACCUGCUCCUGUUGCGCCUCAUCCGCCAGCGGAGCAUGAACAACAACCUCCCCAAGCGCAGGUCCAGAGUCACCAAAUCCGUCACGAUCGUGGUCUUGUCGUUCUUCAUCUGCUGGCUGCCCAACCACGCCAUCACCUUCUGGGGAGUCCUGGUCAAGUUCAAUGUCAUCCAGUGGGACAAAGUCUACUACAUGCUCCACACGUACGUGUUCCCGGUCACCGUUUGCCUGGCGCACUCGAAUAGCUGCUUGAACCCGGUCCUGUAUUGCCUCAUGCGCAGGGAGUUCAGGAAAAUGCUGAAGGACUUCUUCUGGAGGAUUUCCUCACCGGCGAUCGCCAACAGCUGUCAGAUCCGCCCGUUCUCCGGCACCGCGAAGGCGCGCGACGACAGUCACGCGGCGAUUCCGCUGAACGUGAUGGAGACCGAGGACUACAGAUUGUCGGUGGUGAACGGGCAAACCGACGCGCUGCCGUCCACAGACUGCGCCGUUAUGAGGUAGACUGGAGGAAAUCUCUUUUUUUAUUGUAAUUGUUCCAUGAACAAUGUGCCGAAUUGUCCUUUGCAAGCCAUUUGUCCGCUGCUUUUUUAGCGCUUCUUCGAAACUGGUUUAAUUCCGUGUAAAGGCGCGCGUGAAGCUGACCUGGAUGUACAGAGUACCGAAAUAAAAUAUUGGGCUUAAGCUGCACUGCAUUUUUUAUAUUUUCCACUUUUACUCAUGUUUGGAGGAAGAUACUGUUGCAUUGAAAAAUCAGUCGCUCAAUAUAAUUAUAUUUAUAUUUAAAUAUAAAUAUAUAAUGUGUGUGUGUAUAUAUAUAUAUAUAUAUAUAUAUAUAUAUAUAUAUAUAUAUAUAAUAUGUAUUGUUGUUAUUAUAAUUUUUUUUUUUUUUUUUUUUUUGGACAAACCUCAUUUUUUUCACGUUUGGAGUAAAAUAGUAUUGCGCUCCAGGUUAAAAAAAAUUAAAGGUUAAAAUAUAAAAUAAACUAAAAAAUAGUAAAUAUAAUUAUUAUAAAUAUUUAACCAACCCCAUUUUUUCACUUUUAUUCACGUUGGGAGUAACAUUUUGUUGCUUUUUUAUAGCAAAUAAUUGCUCUAAUUUCAUGAAUGAUCAUACUGUAAAUGAAGCAGCAACUUGAAAUCGAUGCAUUAUUCAUAUCUGGUUUCCGACCUCCUUUUUGGUGUUUGAAUUUAUUGCCUGGAAAUUCUGAAAUAAUUAAAAUGUAUUGCUCAUUUGACGUGUAAUAAAGCUGUGUCAGUGACCUCAACCAUGUGAAGGUGAUGGUCCGAAAGGAAAUGAAUGUAAACAGUGUUACUAUGUUGUCCAUUUGAAGGGCAUAAUAAAGUCCUGUCUUAUCAUA